AGUAUUAGUCGAGAUGAAACUGGGAACGGUAUCCCCGUUUAGUUGUGCGGUUCUUCUGAGUAAUUUCUUGUAAAAAAAGGAGUUAUUACAACUCAUCACUUUUUUGUGGGUGAAAAUUUGCACUUGGUUUGCUGGUGAUUGUGGAAUUUUCUUUACGAUUUCGACAGUGUUAGAAGCAAUAGGCGUUAGCUAAUUAGUAGUGGGGUUAGAUAAUUUGAAUUCAGUGUCCUUUCCCUUGGGGAAGCUUUUCCUAUAACCACUAGGUUUUCUUCAAAUGAAAAUUCCCAAGCCAUAUAUCAUGUGUCCUUCAAACUGGAGAAGUGAAAAGAAGUUUGUCGAGUGUUGGGCAAAUAUUUGCUCGGAUAAAAAGGUUAUUUCGGUGUGAAAAAGUGUUCGCAUUAGAAAUGUACCAGAGAGAAAAUAAGAAAAUUAAAUAUGUUCUGAUGGUCACACCAGGAAAGUGAAUUAAGUGCGAAAAAAUAAAGAAGAAAAUUAGCAGCCACUUGUGCAUGAUAGAUAAAAACCCGGUUUGUUGAACGUGGAAUGCGAAAAAAAUAGAAAACAGAUAAUAAGAUUAGAAGUACCUACAGCCUAAUGCGGUUAUAAAACACAAAAUCUCCUGAUCCAGAAAGUCUACAGUCAACGGUGGAAAGCUUACAGGCGUUCGAACAAGCGACAAGGUCUCAACAAACGUUCGCGUUCCUCUUGCAAGAUCUGCCUGUUCUUGUUUUGGAGUUAUGUCAACGGAUUAGGAAUCGAAAGUGUGACAGUGAAGAUAAAGAAAAGUGUUAGUCAAUCUACUUACUAAAAUGUUGCCUAAACCAAAAAAGUUAAAGUGUUUUAUCAUAUAAGCAAAUUGUAUAGGAAGAAGAAGAAGAAUAGUUCAAGAUAUCUGUGUUGUUAUGCCUAGUGCAGAAAGCUAUUGCAUCAAAUCCUUCGGCAGACUCGAUGCGAGCACGGAAUCUAGAUUCGCCAAGGAUUUGUACUCACUACAAGAGUGCUGAUGGAAUUCGUUCGCAGGAAGGAAUUUAAAUUCAUUUAGUGAUCUCAACCUAGCCUCAAAAUGCCAGGAGGAAGAAGGGGGCUUGUGGCUCCACAGAACACAUUCCUGGAAAACAUCAUACGUCGGUCUAACUCGCAGCCGGAUAGUUCGUUCCUACUGGCGAAUGCUCAAAUCGUCGAUUUUCCAAUAGUGUACUGCAAUGAGGCCUUUUGCAAGAUUAGCGGUUACAACCGCGCGGAGGUUAUGCAGAAGUCGUGCAGCAGAUGUGGCUUCAUGUACGGUGAGCUGACAGAGAAGGAAACUGUGGCACGGGUUGAAUACGCGCUGGAGCAUCAGCAGCAUGACCAGUUCGAGGUGCUGCUGUAUAAAAAGAAUAAGACUCCGCUAUGGCUGUUGUUACAGGUGGCUCCCAUCAGAAACGAGCGAGAUUUGGUGGUGCUGUUUCUGCUCACAUUUCGUGACAUCACGGCACUGAAGCAACCAAUCGACAGCGAGGACACGAAAGGCGUUCUUGGUUUGUCAAAGUUUGCCAAACUGGCACGAUCUGUCACCAGGAGCCGUCAAUUCAGUGCACAUUUGCCUACGCUGAAGGAUCCCACUAAGCAAUCAAAUCUAGCUCAUAUGAUGUCAUUAAGUGCCGAUGUUAUGCCACAAUAUCGUCAGGAAGCGCCAAAAACACCGCCGCAUAUUUUACUGCAUUAUUGUGCAUUCAAAGCAAUCUGGGAUUGGGUGAUAUUGUGUUUAACAUUUUAUACUGCAAUUAUGGUACCAUAUAAUGUAGCCUUCAAGAACAAAACAUCCGAGGAUGUGUCACUACUAGUAGUCGAUUCAAUAGUAGAUGUAAUAUUUUUCAUAGAUAUUGUAUUAAAUUUCCACACUACGUUCGUUGGCCCCGGCGGAGAGGUGGUCAGCGAUCCGAAGGUUAUUCGUAUGAAUUAUUUAAAAUCGUGGUUCAUCAUUGAUUUGCUUAGCUGUCUGCCAUACGAUGUCUUCAAUGCUUUCGAUCAUGACGACGACGGCAUCGGAUCCCUUUUCAGCGCAUUGAAAGUAGUUCGAUUGUUGCGAUUGGGACGAGUUGUUAGAAAAUUGGAUCGUUACCUGGAGUAUGGAGCGGCAAUGUUGAUUCUGUUGUUGUGCUUUUACAUGUUGGUCGCCCAUUGGUUGGCUUGCAUCUGGUACUCGAUAGGACGAAGUGAUGCUGACAAUGGCGUGCAAUAUAGUUGGUUGUGGAAGCUGGCGAAUGUCACGCAAAGCCCCUACUCGUACAUCUGGUCAAACGAAUCUAAUGCACCAGAACUGGUCAAUGGACCGUCAAGGAAAACGAUGUACGUUACAGCGCUCUAUUUCACGAUGACAUGUAUGACAUCGGUCGGAUUCGGAAACGUGGCUGCCGAGACGGACAACGAGAAGGUAUUCACUAUCUGCAUGAUGAUAAUUGCAGCUCUCCUCUACGCCACUAUUUUCGGUCAUGUCACCACAAUUAUCCAGCAAAUGACAUCCGCCACCGCAAAGUACCACGACAUGUUGAACAAUGUGCGGGAAUUUAUGAAGCUGCAUGAAGUCCCCAAGGCAUUGAGCGAACGAGUUAUGGAUUAUGUGGUUUCCACGUGGGCAAUGACCAAAGGGCUGGACACGGACAAGGUGCUGAACUAUUGUCCCAAGGAUAUGAAGGCGGAUAUUUGUGUGCACCUGAACCGGAAGGUAUUCAACGAGCAUCCGGCUUUCCGAUUAGCAUCAGACGGUUGUUUGCGAGCGCUAGCCAUGCACUUUUGCAUGUCCCAUUCCGCGCCAGGUGAUUUGUUAUACCAUACGGGUGAAAGCAUCGACAGUUUGUGCUUCAUAGUGACCGGAAGCCUGGAAGUGAUUCAAGACGACGAAGUGGUCGCCAUUCUCGGGAAAGGAGACGUUUUCGGUGACUCCUUCUGGAAGGAUUCCGCAGUCGGUCAAAGUGCGGCCAACGUGCGAGCGUUAACUUACUGUGAUUUACAUGCGAUAAAAAGAGACAAACUACUCGAAGUAUUAGAUUUUUACCAAGCUUUUGCUAAUAGUUUUGCAAGGAAUUUAGUUUUAACGUAUAAUUUAAGGCAUCGAUUGAUAUUUAGGAAAGUAGCAGAUGUUCGGAGGGAAAAGGAGCUGGCCGAGCGAAGAAAGAACGAACCCCAACUGGGCUCAAGUCAAGACCACUUGGUAAGAAAAAUAUUUUCAAAAUUUAGAAGAGCUCAGCAAAAUGCACAAGGACCAAAGGAACAAACUGGCUCCACUCAGAGCGACGUUGAGAAAGGAGAUACAGAUACAGACAAAGUAAAGCUGCCAGCCAAGCUUACACUAACUGAAGACUCUCGCAUUCUAACAACCGUCCCAUCACCGUCACCAUCACCGUCGCCUUCAUCGGGACCUCCUUCGGCAAAAGGCGCCCGAGCUAGCAAAUGGGGCCGCCUCUUGGGCAGUUCCAGUGUCGAUUCGGCCAGCGAUACAAGCACAAAGGUAGCCGUGUCUAGAAGCUUAAGUGCACGUGAGAGUUUGCGUGAAAGUGCACAAGGUAGAGCAAGUAGUAGCUCAAGUAGUAACGGCGGUCAAGGCAAUAAGAUAUUCCCAAAGACACCGAAGCUGACUCCGAAUCCUGCAACGUUGGCGCGACAAGACACAAUCGACGAGGGAGGAGAGGCAGAUCAAACGCCCAAUCGGGAACGGCCAAAUGUAGUGCAUAUCGAGCGAGAGGCCGUGAAAGCGCCCUCUCUGGAGCGUCAACCGACGGAAAGAGAUCGACUGCUAGAUACUAGUGCGCCAACCACUCGAGAUCGUGAACGGGAACGGGAUCGAGAGCGUGAACGUGAACGAGAACGAGAACGUGAAAGAGAACGGGAACGAGAUAGGCAUAUGGAGCGGAAUUUGUCCUUCGAACGGGAACGACAAAUCGAAAUGGCACAAUCCAGAGCAACAACGUCCGACACCUACGAUACGGGACUUCGGGAGCAGCCAUCUACGUUGGCGCAACGAGAUCUGAUAGCAACAGUGUUAGACAUGAAGGUAGAUGUCCGCUUAGAAAUGCAGCGGAUGGCACAAAGGAUGAGUAAAAUAGAGGACCUACUAAGCGACCUCAUCAAUAGGAUACAAAUCGAUUCUUCUGGACAGAGCUCACCAGGCGAUAUGACCGGCACCAGUCUGGUACCAACGUCAGCAGCAGGCACAAAUACCUCCAGUACUAACAAUCCUUCGUCAAGCAACCCAAACCCGGUGACCUCUCUGGUGGGCUCAGCAGCCACUGGAUCUGGAUCCGGAGGUAACGGACUUGGACCCAUUCUGCUACGGAAGCGAAGAUCCAAGAGUCGGAAAGCUCCUGCACCACCUAGACAGAGUCCCGAGCAAACUAGACUGCUAGACGCAGAUCUGCCAUCGUCAUCCACACGGAAGCGUGAAUUUCUCUAGCCCCGGAUUCUUUUACGUCAUCAAUCGGACAACUCAAACGAUCAUUAGCUGGUUCUGUUCGCACCUGUAUUUCCCACCCUGCGAGCGUGAUCUGUUUGAUGGCGUUCCUUCCUGCACCUCUAAAAUUAUAGUUUCGAGCUUGAUUGGUUUGAAGUGCGUCUCAAGGAGUCUUUCCGGGUUUCCAUUUAAUGUGAUAGGUGAUUGUAUCCUAAUUGUAUCGGAUGUGCUGUUUUUAAGUUUUCAAAUGCGGUAGCAACCCUUGCAGGUUCUAUAUUAAGUGAAGUGUUAUGAUUUUUUUUUCUGUUGAGCUUCAAUCGCCCGGUAUUCACGUUAUUCAGGU